UUGGCCAAUAAAAACCUCAAAUCUGUACUUUGUAGCAUAUAGUGGAAUGUGAGCACACUUACUUCUCUCUUGCCUGUGUCAUUCACUUUCAGUGAGGUUCUCACUCAAGCCCAAGACACAGCCUGCCAAGAACCUACUUCUUAACUAAAUGAGAAGAUGCAAGAAAUUGGGCUCAUAAAAUCUUCUGCAAAUAUCUAUCUGAAGCCCUGUUCUGCCAGUUUCCCCCAGAGCACAGAGUGUCUCAUUCCUGAUCUCCACCCUGAGCUCCUUUCAAGAUCACAGCUACUGAAGAUUCAGUAACCAAAAUGCAAGCUGCAUCCCCAGUGGUCAUUGUGACUCAGCCUACAAGUGGUCCAGUACUUCAAACCUCCAACUGGCAGACGGGCAUGUGUGACUGCUUCAGCGACUGCGGGGUCUGUCUCUGUGGCACGUUUUGCUUCACGUGCCUUGCGAUUCAAGUUGCAUCUGACAUGAACGAAUGCUGUCUGUGUGGAACAAGUGUCGCCAUGAGGACCCUCUAUCGGACUCGAUACGGCAUCCCGGGAUCCAUUUGUGAUGACUUCAUGGUGACCCUUUUCUGUCCUCAAUGUUCUCUUUGCCAAAUCAAGAGAGACAUCAACAGAAGGAGAGCCAUGCAUACUUUCUGAAAAAAAUUAAUGGUGAAGAGCUUUUUUUAAAAUCCUUUUUCCUGUGGUAUCUCUUGACCUGUUGAAGAGCUCUUACUGAAGCAGCUAAAAUCAGCUCCACACCUCUUCAGCUUGCAUGUUUCUCCACUCUUGCAACUGAAGUAUAAUUGAUAUGUUUAAUCACAAUCAGUGGGGUUAAAAAAAUAGAACUUUGGUUUCUUUUACAGGAAUACUGUCCUUUAGUUAUGCUAAAUGAUCCAGCUUGGUUUCUCCUUGCUAUUAAAUUUUCUGGCUUAUAAAUUUUGUAUUACAUUUAAAAUAUCAAUCAAAUAAAAUAUUUUACUAACUCAAUUCUUUAUGCUUCUUUGCUUUCAAUAAAAUGUCUUUAUGUUAUUACUGAA